AUGGCGCCCGGCAUUAGCGACGCGAUCAAAAAAGAUCAUCAGGAUAUCAAAUCGUAUUUUGACAAGAUUGUCAAUUCCUCGGAUAGGGAUGAGCAGACACGCUUCCAUAAUUUGUUCACUUGGGAGUUAGCUCGACACUCCAUUGGAGAGGAGCUCAUUGUUUAUCCUGUUUUUGAAAAGAUGCUCUCUGAUGGUGUUGCUAUGGCCAAUAAGGACCGCAAAGAACAUUUGAAAGUCAAAGAGCAAUUGAAGGCAUUCCAGAAUUUGAGGCCUUCGGAGACACAGUUCAUUCCUACUAUUAAGGAGCUUAUGGAAAACUUGUCCGAGCAUAUUGAAGAGGAAGAGACUGACGAUUUGCCUAAGCUGGAAGCAGCCUUAUCUCAAGAGGAUAGCCAGGGUUACGCUAAAACUUUUGGCCGAACAAAGAUGUUUGUGCCUUCGCGUUCUCAUCCUAGUGCACCAGACAAACCUCCAUUUGAGACAGUGGUGGGGCUUAUGACGGCGCCGAUCGAUCAUCUCGCGGGCCUGUUCCGCAAAUGGCCUGAUACCUCUGGAAUGCCGAAUCCAUCUACCAAAUGA